AUGGCUUCUACCUCUCCGACACCUACAUCGACAGAUGACACUUGCCGCUGCAAGAACUGCGGUACACCUUUCACCGUUCUCUCCGAAGCCGAUUAUCCUCGAGAAGCCCGUCUGCGGAUCGAGGAAUUAGAGCAGCAAGUAAAAGAAUUCAGUGUUCGCGCUGUCAUGGCUGCCGAACGCCUCGCUCAAGCACAAAAGGAAGUCUACGACCUUCGUCGUAAAUCCGAAUCUAGCAAUUCCACAACCGGUUCUAUCGCCCCGAUAAACACUGCCGCCGCCGCUGCAGCCCCCGUAUCACAGAAUACCCCCUUGUCCCCCCUAAAACGCUCAAACACCGUCACUACGACAUUGCAAAAUAUGUCAAAAGUCAGCACCCAAAAGUUAAACUCAUUCUUCUACCGUACCGCUCUUCCGCCUACGACCGAACUUCCACCACCGGUCGAAAGACCCCCAACACCGCCUGAACCACUCUCUCGCGCAUCAAUGGACAGCCAAGUCCUGGAUGAUCUCUCAAACGCCUUAUGCUCCGAACGUCGAAGUCGAGAAGUUGCGGAAAAGCAACUAGCACAAGUUAAAAACGAAGUCGAAGAACUCUCGGCUUCGUUGUUCCAGCAGGCAAACAAUAUGGUAGCUGAUGAAAGACGGUCGAGAGCAAAACUCGAGGAAAGGGUCAAGGUACUAGAAAAGCGAGACGCUGAGAAACGAGUACGAUUGGAGAAGCUAGAGAAGGGAAUAACCAGGAUCAUCAAAGCUAGAGAUCUCAUCAACAACAAAGACAUCCCAGCCAAAGCUUAA